GGCAAAGUCAAGCUUCUUUAGACUGCAAAUUGACGUCUGCAGCUGGUGUCUUUCCGUUAAAUCCUUCUUCCUGCAGCAACGCGGAACAAAUUUCUUUUCUUUUGGAACACAAGGUUGCCUCCACAGUAUCCUUGACCCUGAAGGAACCAAACCUCUUGCAAACAUCUUCUAUACGAUUGUAUUGUUUCAGAAAUACCCUAAACCUUUGAUAGAAAAUGGCCAUUACCAAUAGAACUACAAAUGGAGAAGCCAACGGAGCAGGUAACAUUGUUGACGAAAGCAUCGCGGUCAAGCCCAAUGCUAUCCAUGACGUACCCCGUUUACUCGAGGAGGUAUCUUCCCAAGGAAAAAGUCUAGUCCAAUACGGUGCCCAAAAUCGCCGACAGCUUCUGGAAGCUGCCCGCUCCUUGGUUUAUGCCCUCGAGACUCCUCGAGAGGCCAUCAUUCGGUUCUGCUGGUCUCAGAGUACUAUAUAUACUGCGAUCGAAUCUAGCAUUAAUCUUGGACUUUUCAAAGCUCUGUCUCAGGAUGACAAGCCCAAAACUGCUGGACAGUUGGCAGAAGCGACUGGAGCUGAGCCUGUUUUUCUUAGUCGUAUCUUGAAGCAUCUCGGUGCAAUGGGUGUGAUUAAUGAGACCGGUCCCGACACUUACAAGCCAACCAAUUUUGCGAAGACCUUGACCAUUCAGAAAUACGCUGAUGGCUUCCCAUGCAUGACCGAGUGUAUCACCUCCGGGGUAGAACAAUUUCCACAGUGGCUCAAAAAGAAUGGAUACGAGGCCCCGACAGACGGCAAGAAUUGCGGGAUGCAGCUGGGGUUCCAGACUGACCUCCACUUCUUCGAAUUCCUAGCAGCAAACCCCGAAUACCCUGUGCGAUUCAUGAAUCACAUGGCCGCUUACCACCAAGGCCGCCCCAGUUGGAUGGACCCUGGGUUCUACCCAGUCCAGGAACGGCUAUUUGACGGCCUAGACAAGGAUGCACCCCUGCUAGUUGACGUUGGUGGAAGUACUGGUCACGACUUGGAAGAGUUCCGUCGCAAGCAUCCGGAGGUCCAGGGCCAAUUUGUCCUCCAGGAUCUUCCCGAGGUAGUACAGAAGGCCCAGCAGCUUAUUAGCCCGGAGAUCAAGGCUAUGGAGCAUGACUUUUUCAAGGAGCAGCCAGUUAAAGGUGCCCGUGCAUACUUCAUGCACUCCAUCCUCCACGACUGGCCUGACAACAAGUGCAAGGAGAUCCUCACUAACCUCGCUCAGGCGAUGACACCAGGGUAUAGUAAGGUUCUCAUCAAUGAAAAUGUAAUUCCAGACACAGAUGCGGACUGGCAGACUACAUCGCUGGAUAUUAUCAUGAUGACUAUCUUCGCGUCUCAAGAGCGCACGGAGCGCCAGUGGCGCGCCCUGGUCGAAUCGGCUGGGUUGAAGAUCGUGCACAUUUUUACGGCUGAGAAGGGUGUUGAGAGUUUGAUUGAGUGUGAGCUUGCUUGAUGUGUAGACAAACGCAAUUUUGCAACCCGGUCAUACAUCCCGAAUUGACGCCUAAUAGCGUUAGCCUAGUGAUACAAUUUCUCUUUUUAAUGAGUCACGACUCAGCGGGUAUGGUCCGUGGGUUGAUAACCGGAGAAUUUCGGUCGUGCAGAGGGGACUUAAUUAAACCCGCUAACAAUAAUACUAAAGGAUAUUAUAUACCAUUAUAUAGUUAGUUAACCACGGAUAAGUGACAGUUUUAG